AUGCCUGUUGUUACACUCUAUGAUACAUGUCUUAGAAAUGUAUUAAAAAGUUCUUGUUUAAAUCGAAAUAAUUUAAAACAAUUGCCUAUCUCAUGUUUACGUGACAUACUUCCAUAUUUAUCUCCAUAUGAACUCGAACGUUUCGAUUUUAUCUAUCGAAUACGACACAUUCAAACAAAUGACCUUUGGCGUCGUCAUUUCGAAUUAAUUUGGUCCAUAUCACGCGAUGAUAAAGAUUCAUACGAAUCCAUAUUCGAUAUUCCUUAUAAACGUCUCUAUUUCGAAUAUCUUUUUCAUGAUACACAAAUUUUACAGUUAGGUAUUUAUAUACAUAUAUCACAAAUAAAUAUAUCGAAAUCAAUUGUUAAUUUAUCAUUUAUUGAACACAUAAAAUAUAAUCUAACAAGAGAUUCAAUUAUCUAUUGUUCUAAAAGACGACUAUCAGAUGAUAAUCAAAGUCUUGCCAUUAUUUGGAAUCAUCAAUGGAAUAAAUAUAUCAAACGUUUUAUUCUUGUACCAAAUGUUUGGAAUUUAACAAAAAUUGAUCCUUUAUUAAUGGAAUGUUUUACAGAAAAUGUCACCGAUAUUGUCUUAAGUGGUUAUCCAACUGAAAGUGAUUAUCAUGGAAUGAAAUUUAUUUUAGAUAUUUUAACACGAGGUCAUAUUACGAAUAUUGUUUUAAAAUUUCCAUCCUAUUGUUUAUUGAAUAUUCUCUCGCCAUUAUUAAUCUAUCCACGUUCAUAUUCAUUAUCUUAUUUAUCAACAAGCAAUGAAAAUGAUAAUAAACCAUCGAAUUUAUUUACACAAAAUUUUAUUUUACCUCAUCGCCAGAGACAACAAUGUCUACAAGUAGAAAUACAUUCACUUCAAGAAAAUUCUACUAAUCUACAUCGGUUCGAAUCAAAUGAUGAUCAUUUAAUCGAAUACGAAGAUAGCAACUCAACCGAUACAACACAUGCUGUCAUAUCUGAAUCCAUUCGUAGUUCACAUGAUUCAUUAGAUGUUCUGUCAACAUUAGCUAUUGAAAAUCAUUUUUCACAAUCAACUUUACAACAACAUCUACCAUCGGAUGAUCCUAUUCAAGCAGAUAUGCCAAUUAUUGAAUCAAGUCAUCUUACUUCAUUAUCUGAUCAUAGCAGACCAACAAUCGAACCGUAUGAGCGUCUACUUCCUUAUUUAAAUCGAUCUCGAAAUUUGCAACAAUAUUCAAAUCGUCGAUCUAUACUAACACCCAUUCGACAUAUCUCGACAUCUGAACAAUCUGUUACAAGAAUACAACCAGUGACAAAUCUUAUAGCAGAACCCAUUUCGUCGAGUGAUAGUAAUUUAUUUCGACAGCAAACAACAACUAUUGUUGUUCCAGCUUCAGAAACAUCGAAUUCCACAAGAAAACAACAAGUAAUUGAAGAUAGCAAAGAAAAAUAUCUAUUAGUUCAUUUAACUCCACAAUAUCAAACAAAUUCAUUAACAAAUCUUUCCAUCUAUUAUGUUUCAUCGUUUGAAACAAUUGAAAUGAUUGCUGUUGCUUUAUUAGGUAUGAAUCAAAUUCAUCAUUUAACUUUAGUUAAUUUUGCGAUUUAUUCAUCUCAACUUGAAACAACUCUAUUUACUCUAUGUAAUCGAUCACAACUGCAAUCGUUGAAUCUAACAAGUAUUUCAUUAAUACAUGGUUCUAUUGGUUUUCUUCUUCAUUUAUUUCAAACUAAAAUUAAUCAUAAAAAUAUAAAUAUCAAUCUUAAACACUUAAGAUUAGAUACAAUUAAAAUGUUUUCAUUAUUAACCAAUGGUAUUCAUUUAUCAGAUGUUGAACAAGCUGAAUUUAUACAAAAUUCUUCUCUAGAACAAUUUAUCUGGCGCGAACGUCAUAUGCAAUAUAUUCAUAUUCGUCUAUUAUAUAAAUUAUCACGUAAUAUAAUGUCAAAACUCCAUCGUCUCGAGCUUUCAUCUAUUCUCGAAUGUACGAUAUUUGAUCAAUAUACGUGGUGUCAAACAUUUUUACAUCAUAUAUCUGAUGUACGUCUUCGAAAUAUUCGUAUUCGUCCAAUUCAUCUUAAACAAUUUUUCUCAUCUUUGAAUACACCAGCUGUGUUAACUGUAUUUCAUUUUGAAAGAAUUGGUCUUACUUGGAAUAAUAAUCAACAAUCGAUAGUUAUACAGGAUGCAUUUACUUAUUUAAUGUUAUAUGCAAAACAUUUAGUUGAACUUAGUUUAGCUUAUAAUAAUCUUAAUAAUAAUUUUGUUCAAUGGCUUUGUCAAAUGUUAUUAUCGUCGGAUAAAACUAUCGAAAUGAAUAAUACAUCGUGGUGGCCAGUUGGAAUACUGAAUUUGACUUUUAAUUUAAUCACAAGCGAAUCAAUACGAAGACUAAUUGAUACAUUGAAAGAAUAUAAAAUUCGAUGGAAAAUAGGAUAUUCACCGAUUCGACGAAUUUAUAUUUUAGGAAAUGCUUUAGAAAUGAGAGAAAUUCCGAAUUUAAAAAAACAAUUUAACGCACUUGGCUGCGAUCUUAUUUCCUAUAUAUUUUGUCUUGAUCUAUUUGCUCUGAUUAUAAGCUUUAAUGGGUAA